UAGAUGCUCAGAUAUAUUAAUAUCUCAGUGCAUGCAGACACCGCAAAUAGACCUGGCUGCUCCGGGACAAGACACAGCACCCUCCACGAUGGGAGCUCAGCAUUCCCAAGCUUUCACAAUCCCCGAGCAGGAGGAGAUCAUGAGAGAAACUGGCUUUUCCCAGGCCAAUGUCCUACGCCUGUACCAGCGCUUUCAAGCCCUGGAUAAGGAUGAAAAAGGUUAUCUCAGCAAAGACGACCUGAUAUGCAUCGGAGAGCUAGCAGUGAACCCCAUUGGAGAUCGGAUCAUCAAUGCCUUCUUCAAAGAUGGGACAGAGGCUGCCGAUUUCCGGACGUUCGCUAACGUGCUGGCCCACUUCCGGCCAGUGGAGGGACCUGGAAGCUCCGAGAGCGUCAACAGCAGAUUCAAUAAGCUAAAGUUUGCUUUCCAGCUGUAUGACCAAGACAAGGAUGGGAAAAUCUCACGAGCUGAAAUGCUGCAGGUGUUGAGAAUGAUGAUUGGGAUCCAGGUGACCGAUGAACAACUUGAGUGCAUCACGGAUCGAACCAUCCAAGAGGCCGACAAGGACGGAGACGACGCCAUCUCCUUUGAGGAGUUCACAAAGUCUGUGGAAAAGCUGAACAUUGAACAAAAGAUGAGCCUCCGCAUCCUGAAAUGACCUGAUGGGAACCCGAGAAUUUGGCCCCAACUUGGAAAUGAAUAAAUGUGAUUCCUGGUCCAAGGCAGAACAGAUGGCAUUUGCAGAGAGAGAAUGUGGGACCCAGUCAGAUCGCACUUCCAUUCCUAGGGGAACAAGAAUGGAUCUGUCCCAUCAAGGUUCCUCAGAGAAGAUGGGAUGCCACAUACCAGGGUCAACCGACCAACUUGUGCCUGCAGUUCCCUCCUGCCUUCCUUAACUCAUGGCAGCAGUAUUUCAACCAGAAGCAGAUCUACCUUUUGCUUAGUGUUCUAAAAAGCUCUGCCUUUUGCACUGCAGCAUCUCGCUACCAUUUACAUUUUGAAGAAGGGGCAGAGAGCAGCACAGCAUUUAGCUCUCUUCAUGCAUGAGAUGUGGACAGGAAACACAACACUGGACACGGACAAAGGACUUCUCCUCUUUGCUUUUACUCUGAGGAACUCGAACUCCUCCUGCACUCCCUCUGAAGACCGUUACAAAACAGCAGAUUCAGGAGAGAUUCCAUCCUGCCCACCCUUUUCUCUUCUCCCCCUUGUUGUUCAGCCUGAAGAAUUCUGAAGAACUCAGACUCAACUUUGACAUUUUAGUUGCUACUAAUAAAAAGGUACUACCCUA